UCGUCGCUGUCCAAAAAAUGCGAUGGACGGAACGAGGACUGAAACGAGUAAGUUCUUGUGGCAUUUACAUAGUGGACUCCGUCGCCGAGUCCUGGAUUCAACCCGGUUGACCAACGUCUGUCAGCAAUCCACAAGUUCCUCACAUAUCGCUGAUUUGCGCCAACGCCCCGAUGGAAGGACGGAGGACGAUGUGACCAAAGUUGUCUUUUAUAAGUGCGCUUAGAACAAAUCUAUGAGGGCUGCUCCCGCCACGAUGUCAAAAUCGUACUUGGCGACUUUAACGCCAGGGUGGGAAAAGAAGGUAUCUUUGGCACAACAAACGCACAUCAACAAACCCCAAAAGGAAUUGACGUCGAGCAGAUGCUCUCUGAGAGCACUCAUCAGCAACUGUGGUACGGCAUUUCCAGCUCCUUACAUACAGCUGCAAACGAAACCAGUGCACAAUAACAGCUGGUACGAUGAGGAGUGCCGUGUCGUAGACAGACUGCCCACGUCGCAACGUUAUAAUCGACCACAAUACCUGCGGGACGAGUUAGAUACCGAGAAUGGAAGAAGGAAGCAAGACGCAUUUGCAGACAAAAACGGAGAGCGACUAAAAUAUUUUGACGAAAUUCAAAUCAAACAACGGUAGAAAUGAAAGUGAUACAGGGUGCCGCAAUUAUAGCGCAAAAAUCAGCAAUAUUCUGGGUCUUGGUAGGUAUCACAUAUACUUUCUCAACAUUUCUUAAAAGAUUUCUAUUAGAAAGCAUCCAAGUUUUGCUAAAGUGCUAGGCAAGCCAGGAUGGAUGAUAAAGAAGGUCAUUGAAAAUGUUUGGUGUGAUUGGUAAGAAGUCAUCACUAGCGGUGAAACUCUUAAUUCGGGUCUGUAGUGUCAACAUUUGAACCGUUCCAAGGAGAAUACUCAUACGUGUCCAGCUUUGUCAAAUAAGAGAGGAAUUGUGUUCAAUCAAGAACAUACCUGGCCGCACAAAUCGGUAGUGGCACGCCAGCAGCUCCGAGAGGUGCUUAUGCAUCCACCUUACAGGCCACAGCUAGCAGUAAUUGAUUACUACCUGUUAAUGUCCAGUGACUUUAUCAGUUUUUUGCUAAUAUAGUCCAGGCCUUAACUUCAAAAUGCUAAGAAGUUAUG